AUGGACACUGUGUUGGCGCACACUCGCCCUCAUGAACACUGUGUUGGCGCACACUCGCCCUCAUGGACACUGUGUUGGUGCACACUCGCCCUCAUGGACACUGUGUUGGCGCACACUCGCCCUCAUGGACACUGUGUUGGCGCACACUCGCCCUCAUGGACACUGUGUUGGCGCACACUCGCCCUCAUGGACACUGUGUUGGUGCACACUCGCCCUCAUGAACACAGUGUUGGCGCACACUCGCCCUCAUGGACACUGUGUUGGCGCACACUCGCCCUCAUGGACACUGUGUUGGUGCACACUCGCCCUCAUGAACACCGUGUUGGCGCACACUCGCCCUCAUGGACACUGUGUUGGUGCACACUCGCCCUCAUGAACACUGUGUUGGUGCACACUCGCCCUCAUGGACACUGUGUUGGCGAACACUCGCCCUCAUGGACACUGUGUUGGCGCACACUCGCCCUCAUGGACACUGUGUUGGCGCACACUCGCCCUCAUGGACACUGUGUUGGCGCACACUCGCCCUCAUGGACACUGUGUUGGUGCACACUCGCCCUCAUGGACACUGUGUUGGCGCACACUCGCCCUCAUGGACACUGUGUUGGCGCACACUCGCCCUCAUGGACACUGUGUUGGCGCACACUCGCCCUCAUGGACACUGUGUUGGCGAACACUCGCCCUCAUGGACACUGUGUUGGCGCACACUCGCCCUCAUGGACACUGUGUUGGCGCACACUCGCCCUAAUGGACACUGUGUUGGUGCACACUCGCCCUCAUGGACACUGUGUUGGCGCACACUCGCCCUCAUGGACACUGUGUUGGCGCACACUCGCCCUCAUGGACACUGUGUUGGCGCACACUCGCCCUCAUGGACACUGUGUUGGCGCACACUCGCCCUCAUGGACACUGUGUUGGCGCACACUCGCCCUCAUGGACACUGUGUUGGCGCACACUCGCCCUCAUGGACACUGUGUUGGUGCACACUCGCCCUAA